CUGACGCAUUAAUGUGACGUCAUAAGUACGUGUCAGGCCAGUCAUCAGUUAUCUGAAGGCAACGGAGAAGAAACGAGUAGUGAAAGGCCGGUUAAAACUCUUCGUUUUAAGGACAGACCACCUGUGAAGAACAAGUGAUUCUCUCUCCACUCAGUGGAACAAAGAGGUCUGACCCUGCGUCACCAUGACCGACCACAAACGCCUCGCUUUCUCUAUCAUCCAGUUCCUCCAUGAUCAGCUUCAGUCGGGGAAUCGCUCCUCUGAUGCCCAGGAAAGUCUGGAGGUCGCCGUCCAGUGUUUGGAGACAGCGUUUGAAGUGUCCACUGAAGACCAGAGUCUGGCUGUGGCCAUAACACUCCCAGAGAUCUUUGCUUUGGCCACACAGAAGUCAUCUCAGGUCAACAACAACUCCUCCUCACCCACUCCUUCGUCCAUCAGUGAAGAACAGAGAGCUGAAGCUGAGCGACUUAAAUGUGAUGGUAACGACCAGAUGAAGGUGGAGAACUUUGCGGCAGCUGUGGAGUUCUACUCCAAGGCCAUCACCAUCAACCCUCACAACGCCGUGUACUUCUGUAACAGAGCUGCAGCUUACAGUAAACUGGGAAACUACGCCGCAGCAGUCCAGGACUGUGAACUGGCCAUCAGCAUCGACCCCAGUUACAGCAAGGCCUUCGGCAGGAUGGGGUUGGCGCUAGCCAGUCUGAACAAACACACAGAAGCAGCCAGUUACUAUAAAAAAGCUCUGGAACUGGACCCUGACAAUGACACAUACAAGAACAACCUGAAGGUAGCAGAAGAGAAGAUGGAGACCAGCAGUCCGACAGCAGGGGUGGGCGGAGUCGACCUGGCAGGUUUACUCAGUAACCCAGGCUUCAUGAACAUGGCCUCGUCCUUGAUGAACAAUCCUCAGGUCCAGCAGCUGAUGUCAGGGAUGAUGUCAGGAGCAUAUGGGCCAAUGGGUGGUGCUGCAGGUGCAGCUCCAGCUGCAGCUCCGGCUGCAGCUCCAGCUGCAGCUCCAGCCACAGCUUUGUCUGGCGGCCCCGCCCCUGCUGGUGACUUAUCAGGAUUAAUCCAGGCGGGCCAGCAGUUUGCUCAGCAGAUGCAGCAGCAGAACCCAGAACUCAUUGAACAGCUGAGGAGUCAAAUACGUAAUCGAACGCCAAGCAGCAGCAAUGAGGAGCAGCCGUGACGUGAAGACUCCGAUCCAGUUUUUCUUGGUCUGAUGUGGAUCCUUCAAAGGUUGAAGGACUUUGACAGAGAGGGGGUGUGGCUUAUUCAGGAAACAUGUCACCAAAUGUCAGGGCUGCUUGAAUUGUUUUUAAGAUGGCCAGCCCAAAAAACUUCUACUAAACCACAGUAGUGUGUGUGUGUGUGUGUGUGUGUGUGUGUGUGUGUGUUUGUGUUUGAAUGACAGCGCUGUAAAAACAGUUGAAAA